CUGGUGCUGGUGUUAGGCGACCUGCACAUCCCACACCGGUGCAGCGGUCUGCCCGUGGAAUUGAAGAAGCUGCUGGCUCCAGGGAGGAUUCAGCACAUCUUGUGUACAGGAAACCUCUGCACCAAGGAGACCAAUGACUACCUCAGGACUCUGGCUGGGGACAUCCACGUGGUCAGGGGGGACUCCGAGAGCCUGAAUUAUCCUGAGGAGAAGGUUGUAACUGUCGGGCAGUUCAGAAUUGGGCUGAUUAACGGUCAUCAAGUUAUUCCCUGGGGCGAUGUGGCCAGCCUGGCACUGCUGCAGAGGCAGCUGGAUGUGGACAUUCUCAUCUCGGGACAUACACACAAAUCUGAAGUAUUUGAACAUGAAAAGAAACUCUACAUCAACCCAGGAACAGCCACAGGAGCCUACAGCGCUUUAGACAGGAACAUCGUCCCUUCAUUUGUGCUGAUGGAUAUCCAGGCCGCCACAGUUGUGACUUAUGUAUACCAGCUGACUGGGGAUGACGUGAAAGUAGAGAGAUUUGAGUUCGAGAAGCACUGA